UGACAGCCAAGACCAGACAAAGCAGAGUUUGAUAAACAACUUUGUUUAUUGUUAAACUUUUGAGAUUUCUUUCAGUGAAAGUGUUGAUACGUUAGUUUUAUAUCAUGUCAGACUGUGACUCUCAAAAACCAGAAUGCUCUAAAGAUAACAUUUCCACUAACUCAAUUGACGAAGGUUUACCAAGAGAGCUCAGUCAGCUGAGUCUUUCCAGUGCAUCGAGUCAAGAUGAAUUUUAUUGUGAUAAGGGACAUUCCGAAACAGCUCUUAAGAAUAUAUUUCAAUAUUUCCAAUCCCAAAAGCUAUGCGACGUGACUCUAAUUGCUGGAGGGUGUAGGAUUCCAGCUCACAAAGUGAUGCUGGCCUCAUGCAGUGAGUACUUUGCGGCUAUGUUCACUGGAUCUCUAAAAGAAUCACAAUUAACAGAAAUAACUUUAGAACGUGUUGAUUCACAAGCACUCCAAGCUCUUAUACGAUAUUGUUAUACUGGUACUAUAGAAUUGAGAGAAGAAACUGUGGAGAUACUUUUAUCAACUGCCAAUCUACUACAAUUAAACACAGUGAUAGAAGCCUGUUGCACUUUUUUAAAGAAGCAGCUUGACCCAUGCAAUAGUUUAGGGAUUGCUUUGUUUGCUGAACAACAAUCUUGUAUGAAUUUACAUAAAAGUGCAAUGGAGUAUACAUAUCAACAUUUCAUGCAGGUUGUAAAACAUCAAGAAUUUUUAUCACUUCAAACUGAACAGCUAUCAAGUUUACUUAAGUCAGAUGACCUAAAUGUCAUUACUGAAGAAAAUGUGUUUGAGAGCAUGAUGACAUGGGUGCAACAUGAUAUUGCCAAUAGAGAACAUCACUUGGCAACAUUACUUAAAUUGAUCAAGUUACCUUUGCUCUCAUCAGAGUAUUUAAUAGACAUAGUAGAGCAAGCUUGUGGUAAUGUGCCUGAAUGCCAACCGUUAAUAAUGGAAGCAGUGAAAUGGCAUCUUCUUCCUGAACGCCGAGCCCUUCUCUUCUCACACAGAACACGGCCAAGAACUUCAACAAUAGGACGCCUUCUAGCUAUUGGUGGUAUGGACUGCAUAAAGGGAGCCAGUAAUAUGGAGAUGUAUGAUCCACGGACUAAUACCUGGACGCCCUUUAUGAGAAUGGGUGCGAGAAGACUUCAAUUCGGCGUCGCUGUGAUACAAAACAAACUCAUAGUUGUAGGAGGACGAGACGGACUUAAGACUUUGAAUACGGUGGAAUGCUUUGAUCUUACAUCUCAGACCUGGAACACUUUAGCUCCAAUGAAUACUCAUCGUCACGGUUUAGGCGUCGCCGUAUUGGGAGACGGACCAAACUCGCCCGUUUAUGCAGUAGGUGGACAUGACGGCUGGAUAUAUUUGAAUUCUGUUGAACGUUGGGACGCAUGCUCUCGUACUUGGACUAUCGUGUCGCCUAUGACGGGCGCUCGUAGCACAUGCGGCGUAGCUGCGUUACGCGGGCGACUGUACGCGGUGGGCGGCCGCGAUGGUGCCGCUUGUCUACGUUCCGUAGAGUGCUACGAUCCUACUACCAACCACUGGACGAAUUGCGCGCCAAUGACACGUAGACGCGGUGGCGUCAGUGUAUGUGCAUCAACUGGCUACUUAUACGCGUUGGGUGGACAUGAAGCACCAGCUAACAUAGUAGGGGGGCGACUUGCGUGUGUUGAGCGAUACGAUCCCGUUACCGACACCUGGGUACUACUCGCCAGGCUCUCCUAUGGCAGGGACGCCAUCGGCUCCUGUCUCCUCGGUGAUCGGAUUGUCGCUGUCGGCGGUUACGAUGGCAUGCAAUACUUACACGUGGUGGAGGUGUACGACUCCGAGUCGAACUGUUGGCGUCAACUGGCGCCGCUUACUAUGGGACGGGCGGGCGCGGCCGUCGUCGCGAUACCGCAACCGAAGAGUGUGUUCUGAUAUCGUGUGUACCAGUUGCACGUCUUCGUGCUUGCGUGACGUCACCACACAUCUAACAGUUUUGAGUGAUCGUCAAGUUUACCAAAAUAAAAGAAUCCACGUUUACAACCAUUCUUGGCAUACUGAUCUCAUUAACUUGAAAAAGAAAUCAUUAGGAUAAUUAUACUUAUGGUAGAAUCCUUUUAUUUGGAAAUUUUAAUUGUGUUUAUACUGAUUUACAUAUUUGUAGACUGCUAGUGUAAUUUUACCUAUGUACUCUCUUAGAUAUAAUGCGUAUUCGGAUUAUUUUUAUUUAAGAAUAUAGACUUUUAUAAUGUUUUAAGAAAAUUAUAUGUAGAUUGGCAAAUUGUAUAAUCAUUUUAAAUUAAAAUAAGACAAAUUUAAAUUUAUUUUAUGUAAUUUCAAGAAAAGUUGAAUCUUUUUUUAUAAAGCUACAAGAUAUACUGUUUAAGACACCAUAUUCCAGUUGUAUAGUAGUUGGAUUAUGACUUCACGGAUUUAAUAAACACGUAAGUGUCAAAAA